AGUGGUAAUUUUGUUUUGGUCAAAGGUACAUGUAGUGUAUACCGGUAGUUCGCCAUGAAGGUUUUGAUCAUCCUCGCAGUCGUCUUGGUGGUAGCUAUUUCAGCUAAGCGACCCAGGUUCAAGCUAGCGACAAACACUGAGAAGGAUCCCAAGAUGACUAAGAAUAUCUUUCAGGGGAUCUGGCCAGGGACUAAAUGGUGUGGGUUGAGCAAUAUCGCAAACGGGACGGAGUUGGUAGAUGGUCCUGGUCGAGCUGCUGAUUUCUGCUGCAGACAACACGACAGCUGCCCAAAAUAUGUUGAUGCUUUCGCAACUAAAUAUGGUGUAUUCAACCAUUUACCUUAUAACAUCCUGCACUGUGACUGUGAUGAACUGUUCUUGGAUUGCCUGAAGAACAAUAAUGACCAGGUGUCCAACAGCGUCGGCCAGAUCUUCUUCAACUUCAUCAGGGUGCCAUGCUUCAAGGAUAACGGAAAGUUGUACAGAAGCAAAUAUUAAUGAUACAAAGCUCAUUAUGUGAUUGUGAUCAGAAGUUCGCCGACUGUUUGAAGGAUACGGAAGACUCCGUCAAUUCGGACAACAUUGGUCACACCUU